AAAUUAUUUCAAUUCUUAAAAUAAGUUAAGUAAUAAUAAAUAUAAUUGAUUGUUUAAUAUUUUCAUUAGUAAAAUAAGAAAUGGACUUCUUUCGUUUAUUUUUGAUUAUUGUUUUAUCUGUUAGCUUGGUCAAAUAUUAAUUUUAAUCGGCCUAAAAUUUUAUAGAUAGCCUUGAAAAUAUAUAUACAUCUUUUUUAGAUGAUAAGUACUCUGGAUUUUAUUAAGGAUUUAAGGAAUAAAUAUAUGAAAAUGAAUUCUCAAGAAGUUUAUAAAUAUUUAUAAAAAACUUCGAUUUAAAAUAUUUUUUGAACAAAAUUUUGAUGGCGAGGAUUGAGCAGUCUAAAAUUAAAAGUGAAAUAAAUAAAAAAAAUAACUUUGCUUCUCUCUAUGGUGGAGCUAGCAUUAUUGAAAAGAAUGAAGGUUCGCUAAAUACAAAAUCAAUAUUAGACGACAAUAUUGACAAGUAUAUGCUGAAUAAGUGUAGUAUGAAAAAUAAAUAUAUUGUUGUGAGCUUAAAAGAAGAUAUCAAUAUAAACGGAUUUGCAAUUAUCAACAAAGAAUUCUAUUCAUCCAAUGUAAAAGAUAUAGUGGUGUAUGGAAGUAACGAAUAUCCAAUUGAAAUGUAAGAGUGGGUAUAGUUAGGUGAAUUUCGUUUAGAAAACAUUUAUGAAUGGUAACAGUUUCCUUUGAAAACGAUGUGGGCUAGAUAUGUCAGAUUUGAGUUCAAGACUCACUAUGAUGACGAAUAUUAUUGUACUAUAACUUAAAUUAAGGUUUUUGGUAGUCCUAUUUUAGCUGAUUUCAAAAAGGAUUUUGUCAAUUAAAAGAGGGAUAAAAAAACAGUUAAUAGCAAUAAGCUUCCCACUGGUUAAUCAUACAAUGAUUUGAAUAAAACAACUGAAGUUAAAAAUAUAUAAUUAAAAGAACAUAAAUACUCUAAUUAAAAUUAAAUUUCCGUCCCUGGUUAUGAGCGAUUUGAAAAAAAAAAUUAGCAGUCAGAUAUUGGUGAAAUAAUAAUUAAUAUGAUUCAAACGAGAUAACAAUGUAAAAAUUUGAACUGGGAAGUGUUUAAAGAAUAAAACUAGUGCAGUGAAGAAGAGCAAAGAUAGCAACAAUUAGAAUUCGAAUAAUCUUAAUCAAUCUUUACUAUCUUAACUAUGAAUAUUAGCGAAAUAAGGAGGUUUAUAGAUGAACAAGUUUAGUCAAAUGAAUUUUUUAAUAAUGAAAUCAGUAGCUAUAAAAGUUAACUUUUAAAAUGCAACUAAGAAAAUAUAAAAGUUGAUUAAUUAAAUAAAUACCAAAUGGAUUAGAUAGAAGAUUUAAGAAAAAUGUUCUAUACUGUCACAAUUGUAGGAUCAAUCUCAUUUCUAGGCUUACUCUUAUUAAUUUGCUCUAGAAAAAAGUAAACUAUAGAUUAUGACAAUGCUCAUUAAUUUAGCAGGAGAUGAUAUCUAAUUCUUAAAAAUAAUUAAAUUAUUCUAAUAUUUUGUUUCAUCAAGUAAUUAAUUUAUGAUGUAAAUUAAAUAAUUGGUAACAAACAUAUUAGAUUCGAAGUGAAUCAAUUAUUUUAUU